CUUUAGCAGCAGCAGAUGGUAAUGUAGAAAGGUUACGAAAAUAUGUUACAGAACAUUUACAGGAAAAUGCAACUUCCAGUAUACUUUUCACAGAAUAUUUACAGAAAAGACAUGAUAAAUUCACAAAAAAUUAUAUGCGACUCUACAGAAAAGAUAUUGAUAUUGUUACAAGAAUG